AUGGCUGAUCCGGCUUUGAUUUCAGAAAUUGUGAAUGCCGUCCAAUCUCAUUUUGAUAACCAAUCCAUUACCCUUCAUCAACUCUUACAACAAUACAUGGCCAAAGUUGAUAAUCGGCUUGAUGAACUCCAGUCCCAAAUUAAUAUCAGUACUUCCGCUUCCGGAAGAACCCAAGGGUCUUCAUCUCGCCAUCCACAUGCAUUUGAAUCGUCACCCUCUUCCUCUGAGAUAUCACCUUCUCUCAGAUCUAUGAAGAUGGAGGUGCCGAAAUUUGACGGGACCGACCCCGAUGGGUGGAUAUUCAGGAUUGAGGAAUUCUUCGAUUUUCUCGCUACACCUGAAGAGUUACGCCUUCGUAUCGUCUCUUUUCACAUGGAAGGAAAAGCAGCAGCAUGGUUUCAAUGGAUGAAAUCGAACAAUCUUUUAACUGAUUGGAAAGCUUUCCUGGUCAAUUUGAAGCACCGAUUUGGUAGUUCUGUAUAUGAAGACCCGGAGGGCGCUCUGUCCAAGCUUGUACAAAACACAUCCGUAGCUGAAUUUCAGUCAGCGUUUGAAGAUCUGAUGAACAAGGUACGAGGAAUUUCAGAAUCUCUGUUAAUCAGUUUUUUUGUUACGGGACUGAAGCCAGACAUUCGCCGUGAAUUGCUUCUCAAUCGUCCGUCAUCCUUAAUGGAAGCAUUUGCCCUCGCACGCGCUUAUGAGGCACGGGCCGAAGAAAUGAGAUUCAAUUUACGAAUUGGGCCCAAAGGGAAUCAGACCAGCCCACAAGCCCAUUUUUCACAGCCUAACGCCCAUGCUCUAAAUUCUGGGUACACUCCGAAACUUCCAACAACGUUCACUACCACUACAGAUUCUAGUACACAGCCCCGGAAAAAUCUCUUCCCAAAACCUACUUCAGUUUUGGAAAACCAGCAGCCUCUUUUACCCACUCCAAAUAUUCCCAAGUUACCACUUCGACGACUAACAGAAGCAGAGCUUCGUGCAAAACGAGAAAAAGGCUUGUGUUAUAAUUGUGACGAGCGCUAUACUCCUAACCACCGCUGCCGAAGCCGAUUCUUAUGCCUCUUGGGAAAUGAUGAUGAUGACGAACUAGGUGGGGAGGCGAAUAGUGAUCCAAAUCCAGAUGAGGAGUUGGUGACGGCGGAUAUCUCGAGCCUUAAUACAUUAGCUGGUCAAUCGAACCCAAGAUCAUUACGAAUUGCGGGAAAAAUUAAAGGAAAAAAUCUCCAAGUCUUGAUUGACAGUGGCAGUACGCACAAUUUCAUUAAAACUUCGGUUGCAGAGUCCUUGGGAUUACCGGUUGAGUCGACAAAUAAAUUCAGAGUUUAUGUCGGCAAUGGGGACCACAUGGUCUGUGAAUAUUCAUGUCCCUCUGUUGAACUGGAAUUACAACAUAAUAUAUUUUCUGUUGACAUGUACGUCUUGCCUAUCGAAGGCCCUGAUUUAGUUCUUGGAAUACAAUGGUUACGUCAGUUGGGACGAGUUUUUCAUGAUUAUACGGCCAUGACAAUGGAAUUUGAUUGGUGCGAAAAGCAGGUGGUUCUAAGAGGGGAAGCCCGUUCAAUGUCAUCACCAGUUACAUAUCACCAGUUGCAAGCAAUUAUUGAUAGUGAUGACUUUGAUUGUCUAUACGAGGUUCAUUUUCAGGAGUCGGAUGGGCAACCAAACCAUAACAAUAAACAUGGAGAUGCGGUUGAAUUUCCCACGGGGUUACCUCCGGAGAUCACAAAUGUGUUGGAAAAGUUUUCGGGGGAUCUACCACCAAACCUCAGAUUACUACCAUCGACUAAUGUGGGGUGCCACCCAAUUCUAGAGCCAUUAGCCGUGUGUGCUCGCCGUGCUAUAUUACGACGCGGCCAUAUUGUUCCACAGGUCUUAGUUCAAUGGACAUCUUCAACACCUGAAGAUUCCACCUGGGAGGACUGGGACGAAUUUCAUAAGGCAUAUCCGACAGUUAACCUUGAGGACAAGGUUGAUUCUCAAGAGGAGAAUGAUGAUACGGCUCAACCCGUUAUUAGCCCGACUCCGGACCAACCCACGUCAACAACCAAACCAACCCGAGACAGGAAGACUCCCUUUUGGCACAAAGACUAUGUCAUACAUUGA